AUGAGCAAUUGCGAAGAUCAUGGACCAAUACCAACAGAAAACGAAACCCCGAGUGAGACUGAAAAUCGUUCCAAAGUUCUAAUCAUUGGCGGCGGCAUGGCCGGUCUAUCCGCAGCUUACCACCUCACGAAAAACGGUUUCACAGACUUCAAGUUACUCGAGGCGCGUAACCGACUAGGCGGGCGCAUCGUUCAAAUUGCAAUGACCAACGAACGCGUUGAGUUGGGCGCCAACUGGAUUCACGGCAUCCUCGGCAACCCUGUCUAUGAACUAGCGAUGGAGCACGGCCUCGUCGACAUCCUUCAGUGUCCUAAACCACAUAAAGUCGUCGCUGCAACUGAAGCAGGCAAGCAAGUACCUUUCAACGUACUACACGAGAUUUACGAGGCAUAUCUCUGCUUCCUGCGGCGCUGUGAAGAGUAUUACGUCACGCAGUAUUUGCCCCCUGAUGGGAUCGACAGUGUGGGCGAUCACAUCCGCCUUGAGGUUCAACUCUACUUAGAUUCAAUUAAAGACAACAGUGAUAGACACUUAAGACAACUCAUCUUUGAAUGCCUCCUCAAGAGGGAAACUUGUAUAUCUGGUUGUGAUAACAUGUCUGAGAUAGACCUGCUGGAAAUUGGCAGUUAUACAGAGCUGCAAGGUGGGAAUAUUGUAUUACCACAGGGAUACAGUUCUAUAUUAGAACCAGUAAGUAAAGAUAUAGACAAAUCAUCGAUUUACUUAAGACAUGCAGUCACGUUGAUCCAGUGGAAUAAAAACGGCAAUGUCGAGUCAAAUGGCGACGAAUCGGAUGAUUCCGAUCGCACUGUCAUUGAGGAGUCGUCAAGUCGUGAAUCCAGCUUAGAAAAAGACGUCAAACAGGAGGUGGAAGUGACCUGCGAGAACGGAAAGAAAUUCUUCGCUGAUCAUGUGAUAUGCACGAUGCCGCUGGGAGUAUUAAAGCACAAAGCUGAUACAAUAUUUCAACCGCCUUUGCCUGAUUAUAAGCUCGAAGCAAUCGACCGGCUGCUCUUUGGCACCGUGGAUAAAAUUAUUCUUGAGUAUGAACGACCAUUUCUGAAUCCUAAUAUCACCGAAGUGUUGUUACUGUGGGAUGACAGCAAGGAUGAAGGCACCGAGAAGGGAAACUAUCAAGCGACAUGGUUUAAAAAGAUCUAUUCGUUUGCUAAAGUUUCGGAUACUUUGUUGGUCGGUUGGAUUUCUGGCAAGGAAGCUGAGUACAUGGAAACCUUGCCUUCGGAUUUAGUUGCUGAGACAUGUACGAGCAUUUUGAGGAAGUUUUUAAACGAUCCUUUUAUUCCUAAACCAAAAACCUGUGUAUGUACAAGUUGGUACAGUCAGCCUUACACAAAAGGCUCCUACACGGCAAUUGCAGUCGGUGCAUCACAAAUCGAUAUUGAAUGCAUCGCACAACCACUUUAUACCAAAGACACACAAGACAAACCUGUAUUAUUGUUUGCUGGCGAACACACCCACAGUAAUUUCUAUUCGACAGUACAUGGCGCUUACUUAACGGGACGCAUGUCCGCCAAAUUGCUUUUAUCCACGCAAGAGCCCCAGGAGAUAGUUGUGGAUUGCGUGGACACGACAGACCUCAGCUCGUGGAUACAAGGCAUUGGCUUGCAAUGAUAGACACGGGCUUGACUGCAUUAUUCGUGUAGAGUUGGCCUAUUGUUAUAUAUGUGUAAAUAUUUUUUAAAUUGACGUAAGAACAACGCAAGAACGUAAUGGAAACUGAAUCUAAAAGUCGAGUACAGCAACAGUAUUGAUGGAUAUUUACGGAUUGCUUGAGAAAAUGGAAAUGAAUACGUGCGAUUUGAGGCGAACCAUGCUUUACUUUGUUUCAUUGGUUGCCUGUUCCAUGGUUCUCACUGACCGAACAAUGUGAAAAGUGAAAAUAUCAGCAUCGCAGGCUACAUUCAUCGCUUCGAUCUAGUCAUUUUUUAAAUAUACAAAUAAUGUUCAAUCGUAAUUAAAUUAUGACUAUUUA